AUGGCCGCGAACCGACCACAGGAGACCAAUGGAAUACGUCUUUGCCGUCUUGUUUUCUCACUCUUUGUCUAUGCACAAGCAGGUAUGAGCGAUGGGUCUUUGGGAGCUCAGCUGGAUUCUAUACAGUCUCAUUAUGAUUUGACCUUCUCCGUGGUAUCAUUGAUAUUCCUUGCUAACGCUGCAGGUUGGCUUCUCGCAAGCUUUCUGAACAUAUACCUUCUGCACUACCUUGAUCUCUGGAGGACGCUUAUCCUCGCGUCAAUCUCCAACAUUAUCGGUUCUGCUAUUAUAGUCUCAGCGCCUCCGUUUCCCGUUUUUGUGAUCGCCCUUUUCUUCAUCGGAAUAGGAGCGUGUAUCUACGAUGCUAGUUUCGCCGCUUAUACCGCCCAUUUUGACGAAGGACCCGCAAUGUCUCUGCUUUUUGCUGCUUUCGGGUUUGGUGCACUGAUUGCGCCAUUGGUCGUUGUUGCUAUGCUUGAAAAUGACGUUCCGUGGAAUAUGUACUACUAUGUACCUUUGGGUAUAUCGAUACUGAACGCCCCUCUAUUAUGGAUUAUAUUUGGAAGCUACAGCUCCCCAAAGGUCGAGAACACCCAAACAAGUGCUCUUAAAAGUUUCACCCUCGUCAUUCGGAACCACAACGUUGUGGCUGGCGGAAUACUGACUGCCCUGUCUAUGGCGUCAGGCGAAAUUUUCACGAGUUGGCUUGUCUCUUUCAUGACAGAUAUCCGACACGGGAAUGAUGCCGCAAUGCGAUAUGUUCUCAGUGGAUAUUGGGUGGGCUUGAUUUUAGGACGCCUGUUACUUGCCUAUGCCACUUCCCGCAUUGGUCCAUGGAUUUCGCUCACCAUCUACGGUACUUUCGCUAUCGGUUUUCUUGCAAUCCUACAAUUCGUGGACAACGUUCCCGCAAAUGCCGUUGCUGCAUCGUUGACUGGAUUUUUCCAGGCGCCGUCUACACCGAUGAUCAUAUCACUCUCUUCAAAAUGGGUCCCUCCCUCUCUCAUCGGUCCAGCAAUAUCCGUCUUGACGGCAUUUGGUCUUGUAGGAUCUGCACUUGGCCCUUUGUGUAUUGGAUUUGUCAAUUCUGCGGGUGGGUUGAGGUAUUUGCCUGGUAUCACAAUGGGUGCUAUCACAAUCACUUUGGGAGUGUGGCUUCUGGCGCCGAAUGCCCCUUGGAGAAGAAGGAUCAUGGUCGAUCCUAAUCAAACUCUGGAAAUGAGGCCAUCGGAAUUGUCUCAGAGACAAUCUCCGCGCAAAUAA